UUCUUUUAAUCCUCAUUUAAUACAAAAAUAAAGGUCGGCGCUUUGUUCCCAAAACAAAAAUGGCGGUGGCAAUGAAAGAAGCUGGAAGAUUGAUCAGGAAAGCUCUACAUCAUCGCCAGAUAUUCCAGUCACUCAUCCCUUCAAAGUUGGUCUCACGCCGAUUCAUUUUCUAUUCCUCUAGAACGCCGUCGUUGCUGGUGGUCGGAAACCCAGGCUCCAUCCUUUCCUCCGAUAUCCAGUCUCCCUUUUCCCUUCUGAAUUGGAUCCAUUUUAGAGGGCAAAGGAGAAGCAUGUUUAUCCAAACUCAAUCCACACCCAAUCCUUCAUCUUUGAUGUUCUAUACAGGGAAAGCGGUUAUGGAAGUCGGGAGUGCCGAUUUCCCAAAUGCUCGUUCUGCCAUGAAUUCCCCACUGGCCAAGGCCUUGUAUGGUAUUGACGGUAUUACUCGAGUUUUCUUUGGAUCAGAUUUUAUAACUGUAACAAAGUCAGAUGAUGCUUCUUGGGAUCUCCUCAAGCCUCAAAUUUUUGCUUCGAUUAUGGAUUUUUAUUCCUCAGGACAGCCAUUGUUUCUUGACUCAGAAACUGCAGCAGCUAAGGACACUGCUAUUCAUGAGGAUGACUCUGAAACAGUGGCAAUGAUCAAAGAACUACUAGAGACUAGAAUUCGACCAGCAGUGCAAGAUGAUGGUGGGGAUAUUGAAUAUCGGGGAUUUGAUUUAGAUACAGGAAUAGUCAAAUUGAAAAUGCAAGGAGCAUGCAGUGGUUGCCCAAGCUCAUCUGUCACUUUGAAGUCUGGCAUUGAAAAUAUGCUAAUGCAUUAUGUACCUGAGGUCAGAGGUGUGGAGCAAGAAUUAGAUGCUGAAGAUGAGGAUGCUACAUUAGCAGCAGGUCAGAUGGAGUAGUUGAAGUUCAGUCACUCCUUUCACCUUGUCCCUGCAGUAAUAAUAUAAUUAGGAGUUUAGGAGCCUACUAAUUGCAGCCUUCGAGUAGCACAGAUCGAAUAGUUUGCGAUUUAAGUUAUUUAAAGAGGGAGAAUCAUGUUUUCUUGUAAUUUAGUUUUAGUAAUGUGCAUUU